CAAACAGAAACUGGAUGAUUUUUCAAUCAAAAGGCGGUUACACUUGCCUCGGCUGCAAUUUUCUGGUUUCGGAUCGGGCUGGAUUUAGUUUUAUCUCUAGUUGUUUUUUUUUGAAGUCUAUCUUCAAUUUACGAGAAGUUUCUAAUCACGUGAAAAUUGAAUUUCCUCAUGUCACGUGGGCAAGAUCUAUUGAAAAUUUCUAUUACUAAUUACAAUUUUUCAAUAGGACUUGCAAUCAGAUAUCUCCACCCCAGAACAUCAUACUUGAGUUUAAGAUGACUAGCCAUAAUAUUCAAAUAACUGCCGAUCAUUUGGAUUUCUUAAAUGAACAAUUGAAGUCGUUGAGUGCUCCAGAAAUCAUCAGAUGGGCAUACUAUACUUUUCCUAACUUAUAUCAAACUACUGCUUUUGGAUUGACUGGUUUAGUUACAGUAGAUAUAAUUUCCAAACUAUCCAAGGAAGUGGGCAGUGAAAAACACUUGAUUGACUUAAUAUUCGUUGAUACUUUACAUCAUUUUCCUCAAACUUAUGAUUUGGUGAACAACAUCAAGGAAAAGUAUCAACCAAAUCUUCAUAUCUACAAGCCAAUAGAUGUUGAAACCGAAAAGGAAUUUGCAACAAAGUAUGGAGAUCAAUUGUGGGAAGUUGAUGAUGCCAAGUAUGAUUUCUUAGUUAAGGUUGAACCAGCUCAACGUGCAUAUAAGGAACUUAAAGUUAAUGCUGUAUUAACCGGUAGAAGGAAAUCUCAAGGUGGUGCUCGUGGAGAUUUGAAAAUUUUAGAAAUUGAAGAAACAAGUGGAAUUAUAAAGAUAAAUCCAUUAUGGGAUUGGGACUUCAAACAAGUCAAGGCAUAUAUUGAUGAUAACAAGGUGCCAUAUAAUGAAUUAUUAGAUUUAGGUUAUAAAUCUAUUGGUGAUUGGCACUCAACGGUUCCUGUUGCCGACGGUGAAGAUGAAAGAGCAGGUAGAUGGAAAGGCCAAGCCAAGACUGAAUGUGGUAUUCAUGAAACUAGUAAAUUUGCUCGAUUUUUGAAAGAGAAUCAAAAGUGAGUCAAUGUGUAUAGAUCAUAGUGUUCCUAAUUAGGAAAUAGCCGCGUGUAAGUUGCAAGUGGAAUAUAUAGAUAAG